AGUGUUAUUGUCAUGACUCAAAGUUCAAGUAAUCCUCCAACUUCACACAGAAAAUAUCAGCCCACUUGAACACAACGACAAGGAUAAACACCACUAGUUUUUCUUCCAAUUCUUGAUCUCUUCAAACGUCAUAGUGCGAAAAUCCUUGUCCUUGUAUUAGUUGUAUAGCAGAGUUUGAUGAACAUAACUCAAAAACCUCCCCACGCGCCGCCGCCAAUUAUGGUGAACCGCCACUUCCUAAUCGUGACUUUCGCAGUGCAAGGCCACCUUAACCCAUGUCUUCAACUCGCCAAGCGCCUCAUUCAAAUGGGCGUGCACGUUACCUUUGUUAUCAGCGUGCACGGCGAACGUCGAAUAUCUAGAAACGGCUUUCAAACCCCCGACGGCUUGAAGUUCGCCACCUAUUCUGACGGCUACGACGAUGAGGGAAUCAAACCCGGAGACGAUUUGAAUCGCUUUUUUUCCGAAACUAGAAGUAACAGCUCCCAAAGGCUUAGGGAGAUCAUCGUGACUAGCAGUGUAGAAGGUUGUCCAAUCACGUGCUUGGUCUACAAUCCCCUCUUCCCUUGGGCAGCAAAGGUGGCGCGUGAUUGUCGCGUCCGGUCAUCGGUUCUGUGGAUCCAACCAGCCACGGUGCUGGAUAUCUACUACUAUUAUUUUCAUGGUUAUGAGGAGGUCCUUAUGCAAACAUACAAGGACCCCUCACGAUCUAUCAAAUUACCGGGAUUGCCACUGCUCAAUGGUCGUGACCUUCCAUCAUUGUUAUUUCCUUCAACCAACGGCCACUUCAACUCAGUACUGCCACUAUUCGAAGAGCUGAUACGGACACUCGUUGAUUCAGAGACCACGCCGCAAAUCCUUGUAAACACAUUCGACGCAUUAGAGCCCGAGGCCCUGAAUGUCGUUGAGAAAUACUAUAAUUUGAUUGCGAUCGGACCGUUAAUUCCAUCAGCAUUCUUGGACAGAAGAGAUCCCUUAGACGAUUCAUUUGUGUGUCACCUUUUUCAGAAAACAAAUGACUAUACCGAAUGGUUGAACGCGAAACCUGAAUCAUCAGUGGUUUACGUGUCGUUUGGAAGCCUUGUGACUCUUCCAAAGCCACAAAUGGAGGAGAUUGCCCGCGGUUUGCUGGAAACCCAUCGGCCAUUUUUGUGGGUGAUAAGAGUGAAAGAAAAUGGAGAAGAAGAAAAGGACGAAGAUAGGCUAAGUUGCAUGGAAGAGCUAGAACAACAAGGGAAGAUAGUCCCUUGGUGUUCCCAACUAGAAAUCCUACCACACCCUUCCUUGGGAUGUUUCCUGACGCAUUGCGGGUGGAGCUCUACGUUGGAGAGCUUGGCUUCUGGGAUUCCAGUUGUGGCGUUUCCUCAUUUGUCGGAUCAAGGGACGAAUGCGAAGAUGAUGGCGGAUGUGUGGAAGAUUGGCGUGAGAGUUAGGGCGAACGAAGAAGGAAUAGUUACGAGUGAUGAGGUUAAGAGGUGUAUAGAGAUGGUCAUGACCAGUGAGGAGAGAGGGGAAGAAAUGAGGAGAAAUGCUAAGAAAUGGAAGGAUUUGGCUAUAGAAGAUGGGAAGGAAGGCGGAUCUUCGGAUGUUAAUCUCAAGGCUUUUGUGGAGGAGGUUGGAGGAGACUACUAGACGAACUUCGUCUUUUCGUUUCUUCAUUUAGUUUGUUGAUUUUUCUUUAAUUUUGUUCUUUAGAUGUGCAUUAUGAAUUGUGCAUUAUUCUGGUGAAGCUGUUACUUAUUGUUGGCUUUACUACCUCUUCUUUAAUUUUAGUGGAAGAAAAUCAACAAAAAAAAGGGCAAAACCAA